UGCUUGUUCAAACACUACUGUUCUCACGUAUUACAAUUCUGGCCCGAAAAUUAAGCUCCAAAGCAAAAAAAGUGUGAAAACAAGAAUCAGUUGAAUCUUUCGCUCUCAGACGUCUUUAAUUCUUUCUUUCUUUCAUCAAUAAAUUGAUUCCUUAAACCGUUCCCAUCUCCUUGUCCGUCCUCUUAACACAUUCAACAAACAACUCACAUGAUCCCAAUAAACAAAUGAAAAGACACACGUCAAGAUUCUCAUUUAUUUUUUCCUCAGCGCAUGAUAUUUGUCGUUCCAAUCUCAGCAACAAAAUCUGCUGCGAAAUCUGACAACUUUAUUUGUUGCUGUACCGUUUGAAAGUUUUUUUUGGGCAAAACAGUUAGCUCGAGGGCUGUCUCCUAUUUGAGAUGGAAAAGUCCCAGUUCUCCUGUUUGCGGUUGAGAUUUCUCCAUUAAGAGGAAAGGGAAUGCCCCAUGAGGUGACAGAGAAAAAGAAAAAGAGGAACUGAUUUCAUUGUUCUAUUCCUCUUUUAAGGUGUUUAUGUCCGGACCCAAUUUUUUCAUUUGGCAGGUGCUAUUGUCAAUUGGAAGAAACGAAAUCUGAUUCUGGGAAAGCUCUGGAUUUUCAAGAACAGAUUUUUAGAGGUAAUAUACAGUUAAAGGGGAGGUUGGAAUUGUUUGAGAAGCGAAUUUAAAGAUGCAAUCUAGAGUUGGUAGUCACGGGACAUUGGAGGAAGGGGGGAAGGACCCUAUUAUGAAAUUAGCAAAUCCAGCUAGGCCUUUACAGUUAAGGUUACUUCAGUUCCUAUUGUUGUUUUUAGGUGUAGGUAUUGUGUUUUCAUUUUUUAGUAUGUACAUGAUCCGGUAUACUGGAGGGCCGCAGAAUGUAGUUGCUAUGUCUGAGCCAAUAAUUCUGCCGUGCGUACCAGAACCAAGUAGCUUAGAGAGUUGGGUUAAGACUCCGUUGAGCUUAUCGCAUAAAAUGAAUGACUCGGAGCUGUUUUGGAGGGCAUCUUUUGUUCCUCGAAUUAAUACCUACCCAUUCAAGAGAGUUCCUAAAAUUGCAUUCAUGUUCUUGACAAGAGGACCAUUGCCAAUGGCCCCAUUGUGGGAGAAGUUUUUCAAUGGAAAUGAAGGGCUUUACUCUAUCUACAUUCACUCGUUGCCGUUGUAUCAACCAGAUUUUCCACCUUCAUCAGUUUUCUUUGGGAAACAAAUUCCUAGUCAGAUGGUUGAAUGGGGAACAAUGAGUAUGUGUGAUGCUGAAAGACGACUUCUUGCUAAUGCCUUGCUUGACAUAUCAAAUGAGUGGUUUGUCCUCCUGUCUGAAGCCUGCAUUCCUCUUUAUAACUUCAGCAUUGUUUAUCGCUAUAUAUCAAGAUCUAGGUUCAGCUUUAUGGGUGUAUUUGAUGAAGAUAGCCCUUUUGGGAGAGGCCGAUACAAUGCGAAUAUGGCACCGGAGGUCAACAUCACCGAAUGGCGUAAAGGAUCCCAGUGGUUUGAAAUAAACAGAAAGCUAGCUGUUGACAUUGUUCAAGAUAAUAUCUAUUACCCCAAGUUUGAACGAUUUUGCAGACCCGCAUGUUACGUGGACGAACACUAUUUCCCAACCAUGCUGAGUAUCCAAUCUCCUCAGCUCUUGGCAAACAGGAGUCUGACUUGGGUGGACUGGUCCAGAGGUGGUGCUCACCCUGCUACAUUUGGGAAGGCUGAUAUUACAGACAAGUUCUUCAAGAGAAUUUUUGAUGGUAAGACGUGUAUCUACAAUAAUCAGCCAUCUACUCUGUGUUUCCUGUUUGCAAGAAAGUUUGCUCCUAGUGCUUUGGAUGUUUUGUUAGAACAUUCAUCUGAAUUUUUUGGAUUUUGAUGAAGAAGCUCUAGUAAGCUUCAGUUUUGGGUCACUAUUGGAGGCUUGAAAUGUAAUUAUCUAUUCCAUGUCAGGUUCACAGGCAAAAACACAUAGAUUAUCAUUUUGAAUAUAGAGAUUACAGAAGUAUGAUAGCAUAUAUCUUCAGUAAUACAACAUUCUGAGGUCCUUUGGAUGUAACGAUAUUGUAUCAUAUUUGUAUGAAAUGCGAUCAUGAUGGCCUUCUUGGAGGUGGGCAACGUGGAAUAUGACUUGGGUUUCACGGGA